CUUCAGUUCGCUCUUCAAAACGUGCUGAAGGCGAGGGGGAAGGCUCGCGCGGCGUCCAUUCUCAAGGCUUACAUCGAGAAGGGCGAGUUCCCUCAGCACGACAUCGAACCAGCGCAAGGGACUGUCAUGCUCGGGGCCGUCAAAGGCGUGUCCACAGCCGCAAUCCGGAAGCCCCUGUUCAUCGACGCCCACGGCACACCGUGCGCGGUCGCGUCCCUGAUGCAGCAGACCGCACACGCCGGCCUGGCUAGCCGCGUGUCCCGCGCUUGGAGCACCCUCCUGGUGGACGAGUUCGACCUGAAAUCCAAGCUUGGGCAAGAGGUCGCGGCCUGGGCACAGUCGGAGCUCGAUCUCAGCACAUGCGACCUCGCAGUGAUUCAGCCGACGUACGAGCACAUGAAGAGCGCGCGCUACAUGCUGCAGGAGCGACGUAAAAGGGUCAUGCGCCUCGAACUCGAGGCCGCCCAAUUGGCGAAGCGGCUGGGCUCAAUCAACAAAACGCUGUCAAUCGCUCGCAAGCUGCUCGCCGCUGCGGAGUGACGAGGCACGAAUGCUAUACAAGAGCUCUCUCACCGUCGCUCUCAGCUGUGCGGCCCGCGCCGCGGCAGUGCAGGCGGAGACGGACGAGGCGGCGGCGCGGCCCGCGUGCCGUGCGAGGCCCUGGGCCUGGCGCGGCCAAGCAAGCGCGGCGGAGCGGGAGCGGGAGCGCGAGAGGGCGGGGGAGUGGCUGCUGGUUGUUUAGUUAGCAGCUUGUUUAGUUCGUACGACGGAGGGGUGAGCAUGCCCUAACCCUCGCAAAAUGC